AUGGAUGGCCAUGUACAUAAAGCAAUGCAGCCAGCAAUACGAGCGUCCGAUAAAAAAUCGGCGCUCUAUACCAGAUUGAAUUCAUACCACCCACACAGUUCCUUGCAAACUGCCUUGCUCAGAGACAAGUGCCUUGAUAGCGCGACGCCAAGCCACACUGCCGAGGUGCUCGCGACACUGUUUUUUGUCCUAGGACAUGCUCGCAAACUCAGCGAAAUACACGCGCACGAAUCGUCAUGGGUUCUGAGUAACUUCGGCAAGCAAGUCCCAAACUCUUGGCACCAUAGACCACACCCACUUGCCCAACGACCAGAGUACGUGCUAGCUCCGUUCAUGAUGCGCUCGUGGCAGGAAGCUCUUUCUGACCACCCGAUUCUUGCAGAGAGGCAGGAUACGCGCGCCUUUGAGCGUGAAAAAAAUGGCACUGCUCCUGUUUGUACGGCAGAUACGACGCGGCGAACAUCGCUACUAGCCAUGCGCGGAACAGACUGGCUUUUGGUAGUGCAGAAUGAACUUCGCAUGACAAGCAUGGCGCAUGCGAAGCGCGCUAUCGAGGAGGACGCGACGAAAAGUGACCGCGAUCGCACGGCUCUGCUGUCGUACAAGGUGCUUACGAGCGAGCUGCUCGACUUUCCCAUUCAAUCUAUCCAUGUGAAUCCCACCGGCAAACUCCUGGCUGUGGUGGGUAUCUAUUCACUAGUGAUUGUGAUUCUUCCUCGGCGUGGCUACAUGAAGCAGGUCGGGGUGAAAUGCCCAGUCAACGCCAUACGUGUUGGUUCGUAUUUCCAUGCGCCGCAUGGCUCUUCGCCCAUUGCUCAGUGUCGCUGGCACCCUUAUGGACUGGACGGCGCGAGCUUGGUGGUAUUAACAGAAGAUGCUAUGGUGCGUGAGUACAAUGUGGUGAAGGACAUAGACGAGCCGCAACAAACCAUGGCUGUAUUGGGGCAGGCAACGACAUUGAAGUCAACGUCGUCGUCAUCGUCAUCAUCGGCAUUCCUACUGUCCGCUGAAGACGAAGACGAGAAAACAGCCGUGUCUCUUUCUUUUGGCUGCGACUCACCGUCAUGGAUCUCGUCGUCGCCGGUGCGCGAAGACUCGCAAAGGGAUGAUGCCGACACUGCUUACAAGACUGGGCCUGGCUGGCUUCUUUUUUCUCUUUUCGUGCUUAUGCAAAGUGGUGAUGUGUAUGUGGUGUGUCCAUUCAUGCCAAAGCACGCUGCACUUCCGCGCUCGCAAGUGGAAUGGCUGGCUGCCCAUGAGGCUCGCAAGGCACAAAGCAUCACUCUGGCAUUGCGGUUCCUUGGCGACCUUGUUCAUCAGAUGAGAGAGGCUCGCACAUCUUUGACAGAGACGGACGCUGUGCUAGAACCGAUGGACCAGAUGAGUGAAGGACUUGUUCCUGCGAUGCUGCCAAGAUCGGUGCCACACCGCGCCGCGACACAGGGCCCGUGCCUAAUGCGACCCACGCCCAUUGAGUUUGAUGAAGAGGUGGCUCCGUCUGCUUGUGACUUGCUCGUCACUUGUGUGCGCUCUGAUGAUGCCAAGACGGCUUUGGACAUUGUUGGGAUCGCAACACGAGAAGGCACCCUUUCUUGGGGUCUGCUGGCCACUCCUUUAGAGCCGCAAUGGGUGGGACGAGCCCCUGCAUCGAUGCCGAUCAUCGCAAUAUGCGAAUGCAUGGAUCUCGAGCUCAAAAAUGCACGGUCGUUCAAUGUCAUUCAAUUCCUCAAGGACCCUCUAUACCCUGACAUGGUGUUUCUCACGCACGCAGAUGGCAUGCAAGCUGUGUCACUUCGGCCUUGGACUGAUCCACUUCUCGAUGCUAUGGCAUCGAACGAUCCACAAGCAGUGAAAAGAACCAUGAGUGAGCCCACACAUACAGCCAUCAAGCAGCUGGUACGCCUCGACACACCGACUCCAUCAAAUAAUGAUCAGGUCACACCCUCGAUCACCGGCGCUCUCGCGAUCAACGAUGUGUAUCUGUCGUAUGCAUUUUUCGUGCUCACCAGCGAUACACAGCUUGUGGCCAGGGAGCUAGGUCUGCGUCCCGUAACAGACAUGGCCACCAUACCCCAUGACGUGCGCGAGUACAAACCCCUUAUGUCGGAGCCGUUCGUCCCGCCACCCGUACUCACGCAGCCACGGCCUGUGAUUGCAGCGGCCCGUGGCGAACUGCAAGUAACACCCGAGACGCUGCGUGCGUUUGGACAAGCGACCGAAAAACUUCAUAAACGACUCGAGGACGUCGCACAUGCCGGACAUGCAGUGCAACUGCGCGUGGCACAGCAAAUGCGCGAGAUGCAACGUCAAAUCACUGAGCUUGCGCAUGCCUCUGAUCGGAUCAAGAAGAUCCACGCAGAUGUGCUCGCCGCAAGGCUCACACGCAUCGAAGAUACUCAGCGUAGUACCGUCCGCCGUCUUGACACACUUUUGCAACAGCUGAUGGAUGAGCAUGCACCUCAACUUUCUGUGUAUGAACGCCGUUGGUUCGAUGAGCUUCAGCGUAUGUCUCGCGAGUUUGGCGAUGGGAAAGCGAGCGCAAGAGAACAGCUCCUCAAGCUGGAACAUCAGUGGACCCUUCUGCGUCCUACACUCUCCACCCAGACAGAUUCCACGAAGCCCAGGCAUGAGCAACUCGGCUCUCGACAGAGAGAACGCAUGGAACAAAUCCUUGCACAUGAAGCUAAGCUGCUGGCACAAGCGCGAGGGAAGAUUCAGCACGUGCACGCAGUCAUGGGUAUGCAUAAAUAG